UGAGAGCGGUGCACCCAAGUUGGACGCGUUGGUGACAAAAUUCGGAGAAAGGUGGUCUACUAACACUGACAAGGAGUAAACUUGCAAAUUUACCUUUAUCCUCAUAAAUGGCGAGUAUAGGACUGGCUGUAAAUGCUCCAAACACAGAAGAAAGGGCCGUCUUUACACAACUGAAACCAGUACGGAUGUCCGGCAACGGGGAGGCAGCUGAGGAUUCGUCCGUGUUUGAGGAAGUCAAACCUGGGACUCGCAUUGAGAUGGACAAGUACCUCCCCCAGACCAGCGCCACACUGGCCCCCAGCGCCCUGCCCGACAAGAAGUACCGCCGUGAGAGUGCCUCUGUGGUGGACGAGUACUUCUCCGAGGACAAGCCAGCGCCCUACAGCCUCAACAUCAACUUCAUCCUGCCCAAUGCUCAGCUGCGCACAGGCCUUUACCGCCCGCCGGGCAAGCCCGUCAUCCAGCAGCACAUCAAGGCCGAGCCGGGCACCGAGGUGCCCUGCUCCGUCCAGCCCCUGCCCGACUUCACCUCGGUGUUCAGCACGCCGCAGCACGCCGCCGUCAGCAACCUUUUCAUCAAGCCCAACAACAUGGCCGCUGUCACCACCGCGAGCACCACCAUCGUCACAUCGGUGACGGACGACUUGCCCAUCGGGCCGCAGCAGCCACAGGUGUAUCAGAUGCCCACCAGCGGGACCGACCUCACCAUGACGCUAUCGCACGGGCAGCCAGGAGCAGGAGGCAGCAGCAAUGGACGCACCAUGCUCAAUCUCAACAGCGUAGCUCUGAUGGCCGGGCCGGGAGGAGGCGGUGGCAUUGGCGGGGAUUUCGUGAUGCCCGAGCAUUUCUACCUGGCGCACAGCCAGCAGCCACACAGCCUGCCACCUUCACCACCCAACUCACAGCCGGGCAGCCCAGAGAACCAGGCCGAGAUGAUCGGCCCCAUUCUGCCCCCACCCUACCAGCCCAGGGGCGGGCUAAAGACCCCCCACUCGGUGCUCAUGACUCACGGGCAAGGGGUGCUCACUGGACCCCGCUACAACCGACGGAACAAUCCGGAACUGGAGAAGAGGCGAAUCCACCACUGUGACUUCUCUGGAUGCACCAAAGUUUACACAAAGAGCUCACAUCUAAAAGCACAUCAAAGAACACACACAGGAGAGAAGCCAUAUCGGUGUGGCUGGGAGGGCUGUGAUUGGCGGUUUGCGCGUUCGGACGAGUUGACGAGGCACUACCGCAAGCAUACUGGAGCCAAGCCAUUCAAGUGCGUAGCGUGUAGUCGUUGCUUCUCACGAUCAGACCACCUGGCACUGCACAUGAAGCGCCACCAGAACUGAAUCAACUUCGAGAUGUUGUUUGUUUUUGUCCUUUACCCUUUUCAAAUUCACCUACCACUUACAUUUUUCUGAAAUAUUGCGUAAAAAAAAUUGACUGGCCCAAUAAAGAUCAAACAAAGUUCA